AUGAUCAAAGAACGAACAUACCAACACUUCACCGACGUCAUGCGUCUCCUCUACGGAAAACGCAAGUCAGAUUCAUACGCAAGACACUUCGCCAACGAAUUCCAAAACUUCGCAUCUCCUUCACCAUUCCGACUCAACGGCGAUAUUCAAAGGAACAGCAUCGAAAUUAGCAUCCUAUGGCAAGGCAACCCCAUCAGCACUGUCAAGACCUUCGGGACACGACACUGCAGCCUAUGCAACAGGGAGCGACUCGAGAUACUGAAACGAUCCAGAGAAUCGCCAGAAAACCUGAUCAACUCCUGCAACGAAAUAUACGGAGCAUGCCGACAUAAACCUCGAUUUCAUAAGUACCACAAUAGCCCAAGCACUGAUGAUCCCCAAGGGGGAUGA